AUGAAGUACGAUGAGCACGAUAAAGGGAUGAAGUCGCACGUACACAGAUAUCAGUGGAAACCGAGAUACGAUAAUUGUGGGAAUAAUUUUGAUUCGAGACAUACAAAUAAUUAUGAACCAAGAUAUAAAAACAAUUAUAAUCCUAGAGUUUAUGAUAAUGAUAGGGGGUAUAAUGGGCCAGGACCGUAUAAUAAUUUUACAAGAUUUAACAAUAAAAUUGAUUAUAAUAACAACUACAAUAACUAUAGAUAUAAUAAUAAUGAUAAUUACAAAUAUAAUGAAUAUAAUUAUAGAUAUGAUAGACAUCAAAACGAAUCGAGAUACAAUAAUAAUCAAAAUAAUAAUCAGUCAUACAACAACAGAUUUGACGUAAAUAGAAUGGAUGAUGAUGACAAGGCAAAUGAUUAUUACAAAGUUAUGAUAUACCUUAAUGAUUUACCGAUAGUCAUGCAGAUCAACACCGGGUCGCGGUAUUCAAUAUUGCCGAUUAAUAUUGCUAGAAAGAUAGGAAUUAAAGUCUUGAAUAAAUCGGAUACGAAACUGACUGGCUAUGAUGGGAAAAGAAAAGAGGUGCUAGGAAUCGUUAAAAUAAAAGUGAGAUAUGAAGACAAAACUCAAAACUUAGAUGCGUAUGUAGUCCAAAGUGACAAAAUUGCUAUUCUGGGAAGGAUGUGGAUAAAAGUUUUUGGAAACAUACUUAAUAAAUUUGUAAAAAUUAUCCAGGAAAAUAGAAAAGUAGAUAGUAAAAAUUAUGAAGGGAAAUGGGAUGAUCAAUACAAACAGCAAAUCAACAAGCAAUGUUCAACCCACGACGUAUCAACAAUGAUGGGCAACCAACGAUGUUUCAUAAAAGUUGUUCGAUAA